CGUGCGCGCUCCGUUGGAGGGUGGGGUCGCACUGAACGCUUGCUGGCUGAGUGGAGCUGCAGGGCUGUGGUAACGUUACCGGAGACCGAUCUAAUACUCGAUUAAUGCCGUUAAAACACAGCUAACCCGGAGACAGCGGAGAGCACACAGCGACCGUUGGUGGAGUGAGUGAGUGAGUGUGUGCAUGCAUGUGUGUUUGAGUGUAUGUGUGUGUGUGUAUGCGUGAGUGAGUGUGUGCAUGUGUGUGUGAGCAUAGCGUGGUGAAGCUGAGAGAGGUACUUGAACAUGGCAGCCAACAAGGGUAAAAAUCAGAGCUCGUUAGCCCUGCACAAGGUCAUCAUGGUGGGCAGUGGUGGUGUAGGAAAGUCUGCCCUCACACUCCAGUUCAUGUAUGAUGAGUUUGUAGAAGACUACGAGCCCACAAAGGCAGACAGCUACAGGAAGAAAGUGGUGCUGGACGGAGAGGAGGUGCAGAUCGAUAUUUUGGACACAGCCGGGCAGGAGGACUACGCAGCCAUCCGAGACAAUUACUUCCGCAGUGGAGAGGGCUUUCUGCUGGUGUUCUCCAUCACUGAACACGAGUCUUUCACAGCCACAGCGGAGUUCAGGGAGCAGAUCCUGCGUGUCAAAGCUGAGGAGGAUAAGAUCCCACUGCUGUUGGUGGGGAAUAAGUCUGAUCUGGAGGAGCGCAGGAAAGUCUCAGUCGAUGACGCCAGAGGAAAGGCAGACGAGUGGGGGGUGCAGUACGUGGAAACUUCUGCCAAGACGCGCGCCAACGUAGAUAAGGUGUUUUUCGACCUCAUGCGGGAAGUGCGAGCCAAGAAGAUGUCAGAAAAUAAGGACAAAAACGGAAAGGGAAAGAACAAGAAGAACAAGAAGAGCUUCAAGGAGCGAUGCUGUUUACUUUGAACUCCACACGGACUUUUUAACACCAAAUCCACUCGAGGAACACUCAAACAUCUGAGAGCCUUUCAUUCAUUAAAAUCAAACUAUUAUUUCUAAGUAGUGUGUUUUUAUACUGGCAGGGAAUCAUAGCCUAUGCCUUUCAUUCAGUACUCCAUGCGAAGAACCAGUUUAAAAUCAAAUACUUUUUUUUUUUAAUGGUUGAUGACCACUCGUGGCUACUUUUGUCACAGGCUGUAGCACUUUAGGACUUAAUAACAUCAAGGUGACCAACCUGCACCCAACACUAAUCUAACCCAUCACUUUUUUUUUUGUUUCCUGCCUUGUAAUUUAUUUUUUAUUUCACAUCUUUGGUCUCUCUCUAGGAUAUUGCAAAUGCUUUUGAAAAAUAAAUCUUACAACAUUAAAACAGAUUUUAGUUAUAGUUACGAAUAAAUUCUUUUGGGUAACACUUUGUUUGAAGGCUACCAGCAUUGGUGCUUUGUAAUGCGUGUCGUACGUAUUUUUGAAGCAGUAUUUAAAUAUUUAUGAACUAGCUUGUGCCAGUACGGCAAUUGUGAAUGAUUGCUUAAGUAAAUAACACUGUAUUGACCUGAGUACAUUAAGCUAUUAUGAUGAAUUUGUUGUCAAUUUCUAGCACGGUCUCAUAGGUUCAGUUACGUUUGAGAUAUACUUGCUGUUUGGCCUUACGUCGAGCAAGAAACAGUUCACAUACUUAAACACAUAAUUAAACAGCCUGUGUGCGAUGCGUAUUACUGGAGGGCUACCACAGAUGCAGGUAGUUUUAGACAGCCCUUUCCAUUUGGAGUGCCUGCUUUGCCUCUACUGUUUGUGUGUACUGCACUUUGCAUACAACUAGUAUUCAUUUCUGUGGUUGUUCAUAAUUGGCACACUAAAUGAAUGCAGGUUGUGCAAGGUGGCCGUUAUGCAUAUAUGAAGGUACAACAUAUACAACAAGUAUAUCGCUAGCCUUGCUUGGAAAUGAUGCUUUGUAUCUCUAGUAAAGAGUUCCUCAAGAGUUCUCCUUUAAUAUCCUUAUGUCUAUACAGUGUAAUUUAUUACUUUAGUUUGCCUGUGAAUACUGGAAUAAGCUGUUCAUAAAAUCAAAAAAAUAUUAAGGCACUGCUAAAAAAAUCCAUUGUUUAAUGCCUAUUGUUGCUGUCGUACAAAAACCUUGCAUCUCUAAUUUUGAAGGCAGCCUUCAAUAAAGUGUUGCUUUAUUUGUGUGUUGAUUUUAAAGAAAUUCUUCUUAGCUUUUUUGCUUCUCAGAUGUUUAUGUUCAAACAUCCUUGAGCUUUUUGAAAGGCACACUAUAUGGACUUACAUUAGAUCCAGUCAACAGCAGCGUAUGUGGUAGAACAAUCCUUUAGUAAAGUAUUUUCUUCAAGGUUUUAACCCUGAAAAAGCACACAUGGUUUUGUGGCCACAAUGCUGCUUUCAACUUCAAGCUUCAUCAUGUGUUAACCCUUCCAGCGACAUGGCAGGAACUGCACUGCCCCCAAGUGGUUGAAUGAAAACACUUCACACACAAAAAACAUGGAGGCACUUCAUGUUGUGAAACAUGCUGUUGUGAACAGAUUGCCUUGAUGCCUCUAUGUUGUAUCGAAUAUUUUUUUAGAAAGUAUCAUGAGUGUUUGACGUUACCCAGUGCGAUGAACGUGCCGUGAGCACACGUGCCAACAUGAUAUAUUAAGAAACAGAAUGACUGCUCUGAUUGAAUGUUGAACAGACACAUUAAAUGAAAGCUUUGUUUUUUUUUUAUUUUAGUGUGCUGACCCACAGACCUACAGUACUAAAUGUUGAUUUAUGUACCCUGCUACUGCUGUUUUAUACCGUAUACCAUGAGACCUUGCCUUUCAGAGCUACUCUGCAAUUUUUCUGAUUGUUUUCCACUGCCUGGUAAAGAAAUUUCAAAGUUUGUUGCCAAAUAAACACAUCUUUUUUUGUCAUA